AUGAAAGUGACCUUCUUCCUGCUGUUGGUGGCCACCGUGGCCUUCCUGGCCGUGUUCCAGCCCGCGGCUGAGGCCGCUCCUCAGGACGUAGCAACUGCCGUUGAAACUGACCCCGCAGAAGCUGCUGAAACUGGAUCGGAUGGAAAGCCGGAACCUGCUGCAGCUGGUGGAUCAUCGUCGGAGGAGCAUGGUGGCAAGAAGGGACACGGCAAGGGCAAGAGACAUCAUGGUGGCAAGGGAGGAAAGGGUGGCGAGAAGGGUGGAGAAAAGGGAGGCAAGGGCAAGUUCCAGGCCAACAAGGAAAAAAGAGCCAAGGGUCAGGCCAACAAGGGUAAGGGACAGGGAAAGAACUGA